GGAUAGAACAUGUUUAGUUGGUUAAAAAACUUCUUUUAACCUUUUUGACUCUUACAAAAUUAACUUUUAACUCUUGUUUUUUCGAAGUGACAAGGACCUCUUCGGCCCAAAGAGAAAGAAGAAUAAUGAAACGAAAGCAUCACGAUGACUACGACAACGACGCCGUAGAGAAGCCCGCCUCUUCGGCCGCCGCCGCCACCAUGAAUACUGACAUAGUUUUGCAGACAUCUCCGAAACUCUCACAAAAGCAGGACUACAUCUUUCAUGGCGGGAGACGCCAUGUGAGGCCGUACUACUUCGAGUUCAUCUCUCAUGUGAAUAAACGCUGGACGGGGAAAACAAUUGUGGAUUUGUUCGCUGAUGAAUUCAAAGGGAGAGCUCGUGAAUACUAUGUUGGUGCUGUUCAAUGUGGAAGAAUCAAAGUUGAUGGUGAGAUUGUACCAGUUUCAUACAUUGUGAGAUCAUCCCAAAAGAUUACUCAUUUCCUCCACAGGCAUGAACCACCGGUGAUGACUGAUGAUGUAGUGAUUCUUGUGAAAGAACCUGACGUAGUUACUGUCUGCAAACCAGCUUCUAUUCCUGUUCAUCCAUGUGGUCAAUACCGUAAGAACACGGUCGUUGGAAUCCUUGAUGCUGAGCAUGACUUAGGCCCUCUAUUUCCUAUUCACAGAUUAGAUCGUUUGGUUUCUGGAUUGCUCAUCAUAGCAAGAACUGCUGCAAAGGCUGAUUUUUUCAGGAAACAGAUUGAGGGGGGAAUGGUGAAGAAACGUUAUAUUGCAAAAGUUAUUGGCGUGUUCCCAGAAGAUGAGAAAGUAGUCGACGCCAACAUAAAUUACAAUGGCAGCGAAGGAAGAAGCACAGCAGAGGAUGCUAAUUCGAGUGGUGAUGAUAAGAAGAUGAAGGGGAAGCCUGCAUGUACCAAGUUCACUAGAAUCGAUACAAAUGGAACUCACAGCCUCGUCUUGUGUGAACCUGUGACAGGGAGAACUCAUCAAAUACGAGUGCAUCUACAAUAUACAGGACAUCCCAUAGCGAAUGACCCGCUUUAUCUCAACCAAAACGUGGAUGAUCUUAAGACCAAGAUUGCCAAAAGAAUUGAUGCGGGCGAGAGAAAGAUGGUCUCCCCAGAAGAUUACGUGUAUUCCAGUGAAGAUUUCAGCAUCGAUCCUUUGUGCACAAACUGCCCAAAGUUGAUCCCACAAGGGUACGAGGAGCAUGACGAGGCUCUUUGGUUGCAUUGCGUUCGAUACUCUGGAACAGGAUGGGAAUACGAAUGUCCUUAUCCUUCUUGGGCAUCCCUUUAAUUGCCAUUUCUUAGACAAGAAACUGUAAUUCUUAUGACCAACCUUAGUGGCUACUGUAUUGUAUACAGGUUUUUACUAGUAUCAAGUUGAUUCAUUGGAUUCAGAGAUUCUCUCCUUUCACUCUCAUGAAACUGUAAUUCUUAUUACUAACAUUAGUGGGUUCUAGUUGUACGAGUAUCAAGUUGAUUCAUUGGCAUCAGAGAUUCUCUCAUUUCACUA